AUGCUCAAUGAAGAUGAACUCCGAGACAUACCCGUUCUCGUUUUAGCUAAUAAACAAGAUUUACCGAAUGCAAUGUCGCCCAUUGAAUUAAUGGAUAGGCUUUGCUUUGAAAAAUUAACACCUAACAGAAAAUGGUAUAUACAAGCGACAGUAGCCACACAAAACCAAGAUCUUCGGGAAGGUUUUAAAUGGCUGACAGAUGUAUUAGUGAAUAGAAAUGUAAAUAUUUUUCAAUCAAUGAUGGAAACAGUAAACGAUUCGAAAGUGAUGAAAGACGAUAUUCUAUCUAUGUUUCAUUUGAUCAGUCUAAAGCCAUUUUUUGCUAAAUUUAUUCAACAUUGAUAAUCUUAUUUUCUAUGGUCUAGUGGAACUACAAUAUUUGCGUAUGUGUGGUAGAUGAUUUUAGAAUUCUUUGUGCUAUAUGUUUGUCCAAUAAUUAUCAUAUUGGAACAUAAUGAAUGGUUGCAAGCAUUAAAGAAAUUGAAAGGUCAAUUCGUUGUCUAACUAGCGUAAUUGAUGGCAUAUCAUAUACAGACAUUCCUAUUAAACUGUCGGUCGAAUUUUUUGGUAACAUAGUAAAAAAAAUGGAAAAAAAACAUUGAAAUUGUUAAUUGAUUGCGUACAUACAAUAAUCCUCCCUA